AUGCUCGUACCCACCAUCGUCAAGAGCCCCAAACCCAUAUCCAGACCCCCAAACCCAUAUCCAGAAACCAGAAUCCAGAAUUUGGAUGCAGAGGUAGCAAAACAGAUACCUGUCAGAACUACGGCAUGUAAAUUAAACUUGAAGCCCUGUCGUAAUGUUGAUGUUAACAAGCGAGAUACUAAGAAUACGAAACAAUCUCGAUAUGUAAAUUUUAAUAAUUUAAUUUAUGUCAAUUGUACAAAGGAACAAAAGACUUAUUUUAUGCCUAUCAACUUUUGUCUGCUGAAUUCGAACACCAGAUCAAUAAAUAGGAAAGAACUUUUUAUUAAUGACUAUGUCUCUGAGAACGAUAUUGAUAUUCUGGCAAUGACUGAGACAUGGUUACGUGAGGAUGAUAACGAAUUUUCUAUUGCUGAAAUCUGCCCAACAGGGUAUCACUUUUACCACGUUACAAGGAAAAAUGCCCGAGGUGGAGAAGUUGGUCUCUUACUGAAGAAAUAUAUUAAAACCAAAAAACAAUCCCAGAGAAAAUUCUCUUCUUUUGAAUAUAUUGAUGUCACCCUGAACUACCGUAACACUUGCACCAGAACGAUUGUCAUUUAUAGACCACCGCCAUCGAAGACUAACAAACUAAGCAGUUCAGUAUUUUUUGAAGAAUUCUGCAUACUUGUAGAACAGUUGAUCAUAUUACCUGGCAAUAUAUUAAUAGCAGGAGACUUUAAUUUCCAUGUAGAUAACAUUACAGAUCCAGAUACUACUAAACUCAACAGGAUACUGGAAUCGUUUAAUUUACAACAGCACGUCAAUGGGCCAACCCACACGAAAGGCCACACUUUAGAUUUGAUUAUAACAAGGAAUGAAGAUAAAUUAGUUACUGGUAUCAGAAUACAUGAUCCAGUAAUAUCGGAUCAUCUUGCCAUACAUUGUACAUUAAAAUUAGAGAAACCACCAUUGGAGCAAGCUGAAAUUUACUAUCGAAAAUUAAACAAUGUAAACAUGAAUAGUUUCAAUGAAGAUCUAAAAGUGCUAGAUUUAGAUGAUGAUUAUGAUUAUGAUCUCCCAGUCCUUAUUGAUAAAUAUGAAAAUACGCUGAAAGAAACAUUACAGCAACAUGCCCCACAAAAACGACGAAUUAUAACUCUCCGUCCUCUAUCACCAUGGUACAAUGAAGAGAUUGGUCAAGAAAAAAGAAAUCGCAGGAAAUUAGAGCGCCGCUGGCGCGCAUCUGGAUUAUGUAUUGACAGACAGUUAUAUGUUAAACAAUGUGAGACAGUGAAUGCCAUGAUAAAGAAUGCUAAGACAACAUACUAUUCAUCGGUUAUUUCUAGCAAUGCACAUAAUCAGAAAGUGUUAUUUAGUACGGUUGAUAAAUUACUCCAUCGAAAGUCAGAAAAGCGCUAUCCAACUGCGUCAUCAACCACAGAACUCGUGAAUAAAUUUGCAGAUUUCUUCAGUAAUAAGAUUACUACUAUACGGCAAGAACUAGUCAUUGAUUCUUCCCACUGUAAUCAGCUAAAUCAAGAGGAGCAAUAUGUACAAUGCGCUAAAUUCAUUAACUUUCAAGAAGUCACGGAACAUGAAAUUAAAAAUAUUAUUGAUAUAGUUGGAAAAAAAUCUUGUGAACUUGAUCCAGUUCCCGCAAAAAUCUUUCAAAGUUGUCAGAAGACUCUCUUACCUAUAAUUACUAAGAUCAGUAAUGAGUCACUUCAGUCAGGUUGUAUGCCUGGAAAACUAAAAGAAGCCGUGUUGAAACCAAAACUAAAGAAAGAUUCGUUGGAAUACGAAGAAUACACAAAUUUUAGACCUAUUUCAAAUUUAAAACUCCUGUCUAAAGUAAUUGAGAAGGCCGCCGCCGGUCAGCUUCUGGAACAUUUGGCUAAUAACAACCUAGAAGAACCUUUCCAGUCGGCAUAUAAACGUUUUCAUAGCGUGGAAACAGCCCUAUUAAAAGUGCAAAACGAUAUUCUUGUGGCUAUUGAUAAUCAUAAGUGUGUUGUGUUGUUACUACUGGAUAUGUCAGCAGCAUUCGAUACUGUUGAUCACGAAAUUUUAUUACAAAGAAUGUUCAAACGAUUUGGGAUAGAUGGACAA